UCGAAUCAUUGUCAAUGCUUGCUUGCUUGCUACGUCGGGGCGAGGGCGACCAGAUGCGCGAGGGCUCUGAUGAUACAAAGAUGGCAGAAUACGAAAAUGGCUUCGCUGCAUUCUCAUCCCAUCCUCAACAACAAUGGGCGCUCCUAAGAUGCUUCGACGACUGACUUCCUAUGGCAAUGGCCCCAACGGCGCCGACAGCGACUCCUCUUCGGAGGCGCUUUUAGGUGGAUCUGCUCCUGCUCGCUCUCCCAUCGACUAUGAGAAGGUGUCAGAUGCGGGUGCUGAAGGAUCGAUGCCGCGAAGGAGAAAGGCGACGAAGCUGCCAAAGAUCCUGGCUACGCUGGUGCUCGGCGUAGUGGGCUUCUGGACUGGUAAGUGAGGCGAGACGAGGCGACACCAUAUCGAACUGCGUCCCGCUAACACAUAUUGUCCACCCGCAGCAAUUAGCCUUCUCGACGGCGUCACAUCCCACGUCUCCUCUCCGACGAUCCCGUCCCCACACCCUGUCACCCUGCCCCACCACUACACCGAUGCUACGGUGCACAGCCCACGCUCAGUCACCAACUCAACGUGGGGCUUUGGCAAAAUCUACGCCCUCAAUCUCGCACGCCGUCCAGACAAGAAGGACAUGCUCACGCUCAUGGCAAAAGCAUCGGGUAUGAAGGUCGAGUUCCACCACCCUGUACCUGGAGAUGAGCUGCAGGAGUCGGCUCUCCCGCCGCAUGGGACGGGCAAGACCGUAGGCGAGGCUGGGUGCUAUCGCGGGCAUGCGGAUCUGUGGAGGAAGAUC